AUGAUGAUGCUCUCAAGUGGCACGCCCCUGGUUGUGGCGCCGGCACGCCUGCGCCAGAUCUGCGAUCACGUGUUGGGCCAGCUUGGAUCGCACAGUCCAGAGUGCCUCCCAAUCGUCAUCAAGUUUCGCAUGCAGCAAGGUGGUGGCGCGGAUGGAAUGGACGUGAAUCUGCUGACAGCGAACAUGAUCGCUGACUCCUCCACCAUGCACACGGCCAGCACCAACAACGGGCCGAUCACCGCCCUCGACCUGCUUGUGCUGCUGCUUCACCACCAGAACGCCCACCGCCGCAGCGCAGAGACCACCGUGAUCAAGCUUGCAAGCACGGGCCGGCUCACCACCGCCAUGGCUGUUGCCAUGUUUGCCAGACACACGCGCGCGUUCUUGAUGUGCUUCAAGUCGAUUGUGCACAUGGCGGACAUCCUGAACCGGCAGCAGGAGGCCGCGUACCGCCACCUCGCCUCCACGGCCGGAGGUGGUUCGAGCACUGGUAGCGCACAUUGGCACGGGGCAGGCACAGGAGACCACCCGAAGCUGCUGCACCCAUUUGCGCUCAUGCUGAACGGCAUCCUGGACUGCCUGAGCAACCUGCACUUCAUCCACAUCUGGCAGCUCUUCCGUGUCCUGACCACGCUCACGUUUGACCGCCAGCGCAUCCCCGCCGCAGGCCUCAUUGACCACGAGAAGGAGGAUGGUGUGUGA